AUGGCGUCUCCCGCUGCAGGUCGAGACGCGGGGCCAGCCGCAGCUCUAGCUCCGUCCGCGAAUAAUCCACAACAGCAUCCCAAGUCACCACAUGACGAUGUCGGCGAUGUUGGUCCCGUAGUCGAGGCCGCGCCCGACACCACGACCAGCGACCUCCAGAUUGAAGCGGAAGAGGUCGGCACAGACGACAACGACUCCGCCUACGCCGAAUCCGCGCAGUCCAUCACCACGUCCCUGAAGUCCAGCAUCACGAGCUACAAGUACGAGAACGGCCGCCGAUACCAUUCCUUCAAGGAUGGGUCGUACUACCUCCCCAACGACGAGGACGAAAACGACCGUCUCGACCUCUUCCACCACUGCUUGACGCUGCGCUGCGAAGGGAAGCUGCACUAUGCGCCCAUUGGGGAUAACCCUCAACGCAUGCUUGACCUGGGGACCGGGACGGGCAUCUGGGCCAUUGAGAUGGGCGACACAUACCCCUCAGCCGACGUGCUCGGCAACGACCUCAGCCCGAUCCAGCCCUCGCUCGUGCCCCCCAACGUGCGCUUCGAGGUCGACGACAUCGAGAACGAGUGGGUAUUCAGCGCGCCCUUCGACUACAUCCACGCGCGGUACCUGGCCGGCUCUCUCAAGGACUGGCCGCGGCUGCUGCAGCAAGCGUACCGCUUCACCAAGCCCGGCGGCUGGGUCGAGUUCCAAGACUUCGACAUGCGCUUCUACACCACCUCGGGCGAGUUCCGCCCGGGCUGCGCCAUGGACCGAUGGUCAGCGGAGAUAAUCGCAGGCAUCCGAUCCUUCGGGCUAGAGCCCGAGCCCGGCCCGCUGCUCGAAGGCUGGAUCAGAGACGCCGGCUUCGAAAAUGUGUCGCACAAGCUGCUGCCCAUCCCUGUGGGGACCUGGCCCAAGAACAAACGGCUCAAGGAGAUCGGCGCCUUCGACCUCGUCCAGUUUCUCGACGGCCUCGAGGCUAUUAGCUUGAGGAUUCUGACCACGGUAAGGAGGUGGAGCCCUGAGGAGGUGCAGGUGUUGCUUGUGGAUGUGAGGAAGGAGCUGAGGGACCCGAGGAUGCAGGCGCAGCAUAACUUCCAUGUCGUGUAUGCGCAGCGGCCGCUGGAUUCUUAG